AUGGACAACCACCAACUACCCCAACUCCCCCAAGACCAGUACAGCGGGGCAUCUCGGCGUGUCUCCACCGAAACCAAAACCCCAAUCGCGACUGCCAGCCAACCAGAAACAGACGCCACCACCAAAUAUCCCUGCUUCAACCCACGUGGUUGGUCCUUGCGCAAGCAGAUCCUCGUCGGAGCCACUGUUAUCCUUGCUCUCUUGGUUGUGAUCGUGGUCCCAGUCGAGGUGAUCCAAAACCGCUACCCGAACUAUACACCCUUGCACUAUCAGCUAGCCGACGAGUACUCCGGCCCGACAUUCUUCGACCAUUUCACCUACUUCACAGAUGCAGACCCAACAAAUGGCUUCGUCGUCUACGUCAAUGAGCACGUCGCUGCAGAUCUCAAUCUCACGCAUGCAAGCAACACCUCGGCCGUCCUGCGGGUAGAUUCUACCACGCCCAAUACUCUCUCCGGCCGGAACUCCGUACGCGUCGAGUCCAAAAAGACCUACGACACUGGCCUCUUUAUCUUCGAUAUCAUCCACACUCCCUUCGGCUGUGGAACAUGGCCAGCCCUGUGGCUGACAGACCCAGACAACUGGCCGAAUAAUGGCGAGAUCGACGUUCUCGAAACCACCAACGAAGGAACCCACGGGAAUGAAAUAACUAUCCACACCACCGCGGGAUGUAAUAUGGAUGUCAAGCGCAAAGAAACCGGUCAAGCAGUAUCUACGAACUGCCAUAAUGCCACGGCUGAGAACUCGGGCUGUGGUGUCAUCGGAGGCGUGGAUACUUACGGCCAGGCGAUGAAUAAUCUCGGGGGAGGUGUUUAUGCUCUUGAACUCCGCACCGAGGGAAUCCGGGUGUGGUUCUUCCCUCGGGAUUCUAUUCCAUCUGAUAUCACCAGUGAGAAUCCUGACCCGAGUACCUGGGGUACUGCGCUUGCCGACUUCCCCAGUACAGACUGUGACAUUGCGGCGCAUUUUAGGAAUCAGAGUAUCAUUGUUAAUAUUGAUCUUUGUGGUGAUCUUGCUGCCCAGCCACAGUUUUAUGAUACUUUGUAUCAUUGCCCGGCGAGUUGUACGAGUUUUGUGGCCCAUAAUCCCCACAGUUUUGUCGAUGCCUAUUGGGAGUUUAAUAGCUUCAAGGUCUAUCAAGCUGUCUAA